UUUUAAUUACGUGAAAUUAAAUUAACUUCUUUUUCAUGUGAUUUGUACAUAUAUAUAAAAAAGAGUGUGGAUUUUGACAAAGUGAUUUUUGGGAAAUAUUUUUAAAAAGUGCAUUUUUUAAUGCACCAUGGCUAAUCCACAUUCAGGAUAUAAUAAUUCACAAUCUCCGGAAUAUACUAAUGAAUUUAGAAACCAACAAGAAUUCCAUUACGUUAGAAACGACAAUAGUAACAGAAUUUUUCCAAUGCACUUCAAUCGAGAGAUUUCAACUGGAAGACGAAUAAAAAUUUACAUCUUCAUUACGUCAAUUGUUCUUUCCGUAUUUCUCUUAUCAUCAUUUUGCGCCUACAAAGCUCUUAUAGCUGAGGACAGUUAUUUAAAAGUAUAUUUUCAAAGAAUUGUCGAAUCACACAAUGAUGAAAAGGAGAAAACGACCCUUGUAGAUUAUGUAAAUGCUCCAUUGGAUUUGGAGCUUCUUUACAAUUUUCAAGACGAGGACAAUUCACCGAAAAAUCGACCAAAACGAAUAAGACGUAGUACUAAUAAUAAUAAUAAUAAUUUAGAAAAUUGUAAAAAAAUCCAUAAAAAUUGUCAAAUUCUAUUGGGAGAAAUUCAGAAAUCAAACACUUUUAUUGACCUUAAUAAGGAGGAAGAAAUUAAAAAUUAUUUUCAUGCAUAUAAUGACAAGACACUUGAGGAACUUCGUAAUUGUAUUGAUUGUCGAAUAAUCGAAGAAAGAAGUGGAAAAUUUUUUAAUGACGAUGAAACAUCUGAUUGGAUAAGACAUACAAAUCCUGAUAUUUAUCCAGAUAAUUUUAUUAAUAAUAACAUUAACAAUAAUCCUCAACGUAUUAAUAUUCCAUUACCAGGAAUUAAUAAUAAUCAAAUUCAAAAUUUCCCGCCAAAUUUUAAUGAUUCUGAAUUAAUUAAUAAUGUUAAUAAUGGCAAUCAUGAAAUACAUAUUGUCAAAACAAACACAUCGAAACUUCUUAAUGGCACAAAAAUUACGUAUAUUUUGAAAAAUAUGACAAUCAUCGAAAAACCCACAACGCCACGGCCGAUUAAUGGAAAUUAUGGUCAAAAUAUUAAUUCUUGGCAGAAUUACAGUUUCCAAAAUGUCAUUGGUCAAGGUGGUCAAAAUUUUCAAGGAGGUCAAAAUUUCCAAGGAGGUCAAAAUUUCCAAAGUGGUCAAAAUUUCCAAGGAGGUCAAAAUUUCCAAAGUGGUCAAAAUUUCCAAGGAGGUCAAAAUUUCCAAAGUGGUCAAAAUUUCCAAGGAGGUCAAAAUUUCCAAAGUGGUCAAAAUUUCCAAGGAGGUCAAAAUUUCCAAAGUGGUCAAAAUUUCCAAGGUGGUCAUGAUUUCCAAAGUGGUCACAAUUUUCAAGGUGGUCAAGAAUUCCAAAAUGGUCAAAAUAAUCAAGGUAGUCAAUAUAUUAAUCAAUUUAAUAGUCAAAACUACCAACAAAGUCAAAAUGUUCAAGGCACCGUUAAUCAAGUUCCAUUUUUACAUGCUCAAAACAAUUUGGGUCAAAAUAACCAAUUAGGUCAAUACAAUCAACAAGAACCAAAUUUACAAUCGCCUCACAGUAAUUUUCUAUGGCAAGGGCAGAAUAAUGGUCAAAGCGGACAAUUCCUCGAAAACAAUUUAAUAACACACGGUCAAGAAUAUUCAACAGGUCAAAAUUUCCCCACUGCUCAAGGUUUCCCCAGUGGUCAAAAUUCACCAACUGGUCAAGGUUUUUCAAGUGGUCAAAAUUUCCCCACUGGGCAAGGUUUUCAAAACGGUCAAAAUUUCCCCACCGGUCAAAGUUCAUCAAAUUGUCAAAAUCACCCCAGUGGUCAGAGUUCUCAAAAUGGUCAAAAUUAUCCCAAUGGUCAAGGUCAAAAUGGCGAAACUGAACAUUUUAAAAACGCUCAAAAUUGCAUAACUUGCGUUAUAACAAAACUUGAAGAAAAUAAUGAAAAUAUUCCAAACGGUUUAAAUUACCAAUUUGGAAAAAAUGAGGACAAUUUAUUGACUCUUUUGACUGGUCCAAGUAAUACAAAUGUUCGAAAUCCAACGCUAGAUUUUAAUGGAUUGAAUAAUCAAGAAUUUCCAAUAAUUGGUCCAACUGGUGGGAAUCAAGAGUUUUCUGAAAAUCAACAACAAGGAUCGUCAUGGCCAAACAGUCUUUUUGCGUCUCGAUUUAAAAAUGAUUAUAAUAUAAACAACAAAAAUAAUUCAAAUCUCAAGAAUGGCUAUCAGAAUAUGGUGAAACUUUCUGGUUUUGAUCCAACUUCCAUGGAUGUUACGAAAAUAAACAAUUAUUAUGAAGCGGGACAAAAUGGAAAAAUAAAUGAAAAUCCAACAGGAAAUGAUCAAUCUCCUCUAGUCUGGGUUCCUGUUUUGCUUUGCUUCAAUGGAAAAGAAUUAAUUUCAGCUUCUGAAGUCGUCCCUGGAAUGACAAGUCAGCAAUCGUUUGUAAUGCAGAAUUUGAUGAAUCAACAAAACACAAAUAUUCAUCCAUCAGAGUUUGAAAUUGAUAAUAUUGGACCCACAGGACCGGGUCAAAAUAUUUUCAUCAAACGAGAGAAUAAUCAACAAAAUCAAAUUCACUGCACAUAUGAAAAGCGAUAUAAAUCGACAUUGAAAACACGCGAUACCAAUGAAUCAAUUGUUGCAAAAAAUAUUACCAUACGUCAGUCGAUGUACCCAUAUCAUCAAUUUCCCUAUUAUCCAUUGUCUGGUCAAGACUUUGCACAAGAACGAUCGAAUGUAGUUUGCCAAAAUGGACAACGUUUAUGUAAAAAUCGUGACAAAUGCAUACCGAGUUUACAAUGGUGUAAUGGAAAGACGAAUUGCAAUGAUGGAAGUGAUGAAUCUGACUGCACAUGUAGAGACCGUUUGGAACCUAAUCGAAUAUGUGACGGAUACUUUGAUUGCCUCUAUGGCGAAGAUGAAUUAGGAUGUUCAGGUUGCUCCGCUAGAAAUUUUAGCUGUGGUGUUAGCAAUAUAUUCUCAGCAAUUAAUCGUUGUUAUACUCUUGACCAAAGAUGUGAUGGAAGACUGCAAUGUGAAAAUGGAAAGGACGAAAAGGAUUGUGCAAUUUUAACAGCUGAACCUUCAGGAAAUAAAGGCUUAUUUAUCGCCGGGCACAAUGCUGGCUUUUUACACAGAAAUGUUCGAGGACUUUGGUAUCCUGCUUGUAAAACUUCACUACGUUGGGCAAUAGAGGCUUGUCAAUCACAAAAUGAGUUAAUAUUAGAUAAAGAACCAGAAAUUAAAACGCUAAUUGGUAUUGUUCGUUCGGGACCAUUUGUCGUGCCACAAGCUUCUGGUGCUGUUGAAUUUGUGACAAAUUGUUUUAAUGCAAUUGAAGUGAAAUGUCCAAAAAUUGCAUGUGGCAUGAAUUCAAUUGAUUUUUCUCGUCAACGUUUUUCUCGGGAAAUAAAUGAAAAUUCGACAAAAGUUGUGAGACAAAUUUUUCACGAUUCAGUACAAGAACCUGCUGAUCCAAUUUUAGGAAUUAUAGGUGGAAAGAGAAGUAAACAAAAUGCCUGGCCAUUUAUAGUGGCAUUAUACAAAAAUGGUGAAUUCACAUGUGGUGGAUCAAUUAUUGAUCAACAAUGGAUUCUCACAGCCGCUCAUUGUGCUUACAAUUUUCAAGAAAAUUAUUAUGAAAUACAAGCCGGAGUAAUUCAUCAAACAAAUUUCUCACCAAAAUCACAAGUCAGAAAAGUUGUCCAAAUUAUUGUUCAUGAGAAAUUUAAUCGACAAACAAUGCAAAAUGACAUUGCAUUAAUGCGUCUUAGUGAGCCACUUAAUUUGGAUUCUUGGAUUCGUACAAUUUGCAUUCCAACUGAUGAAAACUUUCCACCAGCCCAUAGGACAUGUACAAUAGCCGGUUGGGGUGCUGUACGUGAAAAUGGAAUUGCACAAGAGGUAAUGCAAGAGGUUGAAGUGCCAAUUUUAACAAAGUGCAAUAGUCAACAAAUUAAAGAAGAUUUGGCAGUUUGUGCAGGAUUCAAGCAAGGUGGAAAAGAUGCAUGUCAAGGUGACAGUGGAGGACCUCUUAUGUGCAAACAAGGAAGACAGUGGUUUGUUGCUGGAAUUGUUAGUUAUGGUAUCGGUUGUGCACGUGCCAAUGAACCAGGUGUUUACACAAGAGUCAGUAAAUAUGCUCCAUGGAUUUAUCAAAAGACAAUGAAUCCUCAAACAAAUGGGCGCGAACAACCGCAAUUAAAAUGUCCUGGAUUUAAAUGUCAAACUGGCACUAGACAAUGUAUUUCAAAUCGAAAAUUAUGCGAUCAAAAAGUACAUUGUUUAAGUGGUGAAGAUGAAACAAAUUGUCAAAAUCAAAAUCCAUUUCGAGAAUAUUAUGAAUCACUACAUGAUAUUUACGACCCUCAUGUGGCUUAUGAAACUAAACAACAAAUGCAAAUUGAAAAUCCAUAUCCAAAUUUUUCUUACUUUAAAAAUAAUAAUAAUAAUAAUAAUCAACCGCAACAACAACAACAACAACAACAACAGAAUAGUCCAUUUGAAAAUAGUCGAAAAAAUGUCCUCAAUAAUAAUCCAUCGGAACGACCACAAAAUAAUUUUAUCGAGGAAAAUAAUCCUUCGGAAAAACCACCUUAUUUUGGAUACAAAAAAGCUAAUAAUAAUAAUAAUAAUCCAUCGGAAAUGCCACCAUUAAUCCUGAAUAAUUUUGGUCAACAGGAAAAUAAUCAAAAAACAACACAAAAUCAGGGAAUAAAUACAAAUUUUGAAUAUGGAAAUAAUAAUCAACAAACGGACAAUCCUUAUUGGAGUUCUGGUUAUGGAAAUAAUUAUCCAUUCACGGAAAAUCCGUCACGAAUGAAUUAUCAAGAAAAUUUUGAAUUUAACAAUCAAAUUGGAAAUCCUUCACAAAAUUUUAAAAAUGUUGCUUCUUCACAAUUUGGAAAUUCUCCAGGAAAUUUAUUUGAUGACAAUAAUAAAAAUAAUAAUAAUAAUAAUUGGUCGUCACAAAAAAAUUUUGGUAAUUUUAGAACGAAUAACAAUAAUAAUAAUCAGGAAUCACAGUUUUCAUCGCAAAAUUUUGGUUAUGCUUACACACUUCCCACACUAUUGGAAAAUCCAUAUCCAAAAAUCGGCACCACUAAUGAAACUGGUAAUGGUAAUUUCCCUCAAAAUUUUGGAGUUCCAGGACAAAUGACAACAACGACUGAACAAUCUACAAUUCCAAGUAUUUCACCGUCCGAUAGAUUUACAUGCAAGGAUUUGCUGCAGAUCAUUCCAGCAGAUAAACGAUGUAAUGGCCAUUUUGAUUGUGAGGAUGGUACAGAUGAAGAGGAUUGUUCUUGUAGAGAAGUUUUACAAAGAGAUAAUCCAAGAGCCUUGUGUGAUGGUCAUAUAGAUUGUUAUGAUGGCACCGAUGAAGAAGAUUGCAUUUCCUGCAACAGCGACGAAUAUCAUUGCCGAAGAAGUGGAACUUGCAUCCCAAUGAUUAAAAGAUGUGAUCAAACGCCCGAUUGUAAAUUAAAUGAAGAUGAACUGGAUUGCUUUUCUUUAAGUAACGGUGAAUAUGUCAAUUUGGAUACUGACGAAAGACCACAUUUAAAUUCAGAAGGAGUGAUAACAAUGUUUCAAAAUGGCACCUGGGUUCCUUAUUGUUAUCAACCACAAACUCCAAAUUACGUUGACAAUUAUUUCCAUUUAGGAUCACGAUUUUGUCAUUACUUUGGAUUUAGGUAUUUGGAUUCGGCAAGAGAAGUCCCAGUGAAAGUAGGAAAAUAUGAGGAGAGAAGAAAUGUGAUUGAUUAUGAAUAUCCACCAUCGUAUAAAUUUCCAAAUAAUGAUGAUAAAAAUACAUGUUCUGGCCUCUAUAUUCGAUGUAAACCAGUUUUAAGUAAUCCCGUGAAUGCCUAUUUAUCGCUUAAUCGAUUUUCUGAAGAAUUUUCCUAUCAAUGGCCCUGGCAGGGCGCAAUUUUCGUCGAUGGCAAUUAUCGAUGUCCUGCUAUUUUCCUAAAAGACGAUUGGCUCCUCACUAGUUCACAGUGUAAUCAUAAUCUCGAUUUGUCGACAAAUUAUACCGUUGGAAUUUUUGGAUUACCAUCGUAUAACCCAGCUAUUUAUCGUCCACAUCAACAAGUCGUGGAAAUCGACGAAAUAAAAAGCGUGAAAAAUUCUGAUGCAUCGCUAUUUCAUUUGAAAAAUCCACUCAAUAGAACUCGUUACGUGCAACCUAUUUUCCAUGAAAAAAGAAUAUUUUUACCAACUGAGACGGAUAUUUGUUUAGCUGUCGGAGUGAAUAAGUAUCACCACAGCAAAAGUAUAUUUAUUAGACCGACACUCGACUGUGAUAAAUGUCGUCGUUGCUUUAUUGAAAAUCAACCCUCUUAUUGUGCAAAUAAUACCAAUUCUCACGAUUGGAGUGGAACAAUAUCGUGUUUGGGUCCUGAUGGUUGGUAUCCAUCGGCAGUUUUUGAAAAAUUAGACAGCGAUUGUAGUUUUCAUAAUUCAGAAAUAUUAGAUGGUAUUGACUAUAUGUAUACACAUAUUGCUGAGGCAAUGAAAAAUACUUCGGCGACAGCAGUGGCACCACAUUGUGAUGGUACAAGAUGCCUUCUUGGAAAAUGUAUACCUUGGAAUAAAAUCUGCGAUGGCAUUGAUGAUUGUCCUGAUAAGGCUGACGAACAUCCCGAAUUAUGUGUAGAGGCAAAAAAACAUUGCGUUAAUGACAUUGGAGGAUGCAAAUGUAAUGUAUCUGAAAUGCGUUGUGGCAAUGGAAAAUGUAUUCCAAAAUCAAGCUUCUGUGAUGGAAAUAAAGAUUGUGAUGAUGGCAGUGAUGAACCACGAAAGUGCACAUGUGCAGCAUAUUUAGCAUUAACUGCGAAACAUAGACUUUGCGAUAAUAAACGUGAUUGUUACGAUAAAUCCGAUGAGGAUCCCAGUAUAUGUGAAUGUAAAGACGCAAGUUUCUUCUGUAAAAGAAAAGAUCAAAGGGAAUAUCCUACCUGUGUCUCAACUGAUAUGGUUUGCGAUGGAGAUAAAGAUUGUCCUGAUGGUGAAGAUGAGGAACAAUGUGUAGAUAUUCAAUCUGCAACAAAACAACAAAAAUAUAAAGGAGAAGUGAUAAAACAGACGUACGGUGUAUGGCACUCGUAUUGUUUUGAGCGGCCAGUGACGUCAGAUGUGGAGGCAGCAAAAUUAUGUCGCUCAUUGGGUUAUCAUACUGGAAUGUUGGCCAAUGACAUGUCAAUGAUGUCUCACAUGAGACCAGUAACAACUGCGACAGAUGAAUUUUUCGUGAUUCGAAUUAAUGAACAAACAUUUUUAAGUAUGCGUCAAGAUCGACCACUUGUCACAUUAGUGGAAGCUAAACCGCCAUGUUAUCGACUGUUUGUACAGUGCGCUUAAAAAAUUCUAAAAUCACACAACAUGUUUUAAUUUUUUACAUUUUGUUUUUAGCCUCGAAUUAAUUAUUGUAUAUGGAUUAUUAAUUUUUUUACCAUUUCAGACUCACAAUUAUUAUUUUAUUUACAAUAUUAUAAAGCGCAGUUUUUUAAAAAAAUAAUGUAGAGUUACAAUUAUUUUUAGUUAAUUUUGGCGCCUAUCGAAAUUUGGCGCCUAUAUUACCUUCAAAUAUAGCUUUUUAAGAAUAAUCAUUAUUUGCGAAUAUAUUAGUUUUAAUAUUUUUUAUGUUCUGGAUCACCCUUAAAAAUUUUUUUUUUUGUUUUUUAAACAUAAGAAAAUAAAUAAAAAAAUUUUAUGAGUCAUGCGGAACAUAAUGAUUAUGCAUGUUUUUAUAAGGAAACUAUUUGACCUAGAAGGGAUGUGAUGAGGAGAUACAUCUGAUUGUUAUAUAGUCGUCAAGCUGAUCCCUUCCUAUUAUUUCCAGUUCUCUGGUGGUUUCAAGUUUAUGGAUUGCCUAAAAUAUAACACAGGUUUUCCAUUUACUGAGGUUUUAUAUACUUUUUGUCUUUGUACGAAAAAUCUAGAACUAAAAGUGUCUUUAACAAAUUUUAUUCUAUUAAAUUUAAUAAUAUAGAGUCAAAUUAUGUAUGUACAAUAUAUAAAAUGUAACAGAAAAAAAUUUGAGGUAAUGGAAAUAAUAAGAAAGAUGAUCAGCUUAAAAAAAUCAACUAGUAUGGCUACACUAUUAAAAGUUAGCAUAAAUAAUUUAUGUAAUUGAUGUAAUAUUCAAAUAAAUUGUAAUAUUUUUUAAUUGGUUUACUCUGUUUAUUAUAAUAAUAAUAAUAAACAACAAGAAUAAUAUAGUGUGUUAUUAUAUUAUAUUAUAAAUUUGAAGGUGGGAAAGUGCGCAACUUCCGAAAAGUAUAUGUACA